UUCCCUUAUCCCCUCCAAAAUCUUUAAAACUUUGAUCCCUUCUUAUUUAAGAAUUGCCAAGUAUGUAUGUUACAACUUGCAAUUUCAUUUCCCCUACACAUUUUUUUGUUUCUUUGUUUAGUCAUUUUCUUAACUCAAGUUUUCCCAUCCCUUUUCUCCAUCAAGAUGUUGCUUCCAUGGUGUUCAUGUUUAUAUUUUGCUCUCUUGCUGUGCAGUUUUCAAUUAGGAUUUGCCAAUGAAAACUUCCUAAAAUAUGGUAAGGGGUCUAAUCCUCACAGAAAGACACUGCCUUACAGAACACUCCUUAUUGAUAAGUCAGGCCAUGGGAAUUUUUCUAGUAUACAAUCUGCCAUUGAUUCAAUUCCAUCAGACAAUAAGAACUGGGUUUGUAUCCACGUAAGGGCUGGAACAUAUAGGGAGAAGGUUAAGAUCCCUUACAACAAACCAUAUAUCAUUCUCAGAGGAGAGGGGAAAAGAAGGACAAAGAUUGUUUGGGAUGAUCAUUUUUCAACAGCACAGAGCCCCACUUUUGUUUCUUUAGCAGAUAAUAUUGUAGUCAGAAGCAUUACCUUUGUAAACUCCUAUAAUUUUCCACAUGAUAACAACCCAAGAUUGCCAGCAGUAGCUGCUAUGAUAACCGGGGACAAGACUGCAUUUUACCAAUGUGGGUUUGCAGGGGUGCAAGACACACUGUGGGAUGAGGCAGGCAGGCAUUACUUCAAGCGUUGCACCAUUCAGGGUGCUGUUGAUUUUAUCUUUGGAAGUGGCCAAUCUAUUUAUGAGGGUUGCUCCAUACAAGUACUUGAAGGAGGGUUCAUCACAGCACAAGGAAGAACGAAUCCAAGUGAUGCAAAUGGGUUUGUGUUCAAGGGGUGCAAUGUGUUUGGCAAAUCUUCAGUUUACUUGGGAAGGCCAUGGAGAGGUUAUUCUAGGGUCUUAUUUUACAAGUCAAAUUUUUCAAAUGUUGUAGAUCCCGAAGGAUGGAAUGCAUGGAACUUUGUUGGCCAUGAGAACCAAAUAACAUUUGCUGAGUAUGGCAACUUUGGGCCAGGAGCUGAGACUUCAAAGAGGGUUAACUGGGCAAAUAAGCUGAGCCCUCAAUCCUUGGAAGAAUUAACCAGCAUGUCUUUCAUUAAUGCUGAAAACUGGAUCGAAAAACAACCUAUUUAGAUGCAAGCAGAUAUCUUGUGUCAUACAAAUCCCUCGAAGUCGUUUUUUAGAUAACUUUUCAGGCAAACUAUAUGCUUAUUUUCCAUUUUCCAUGAAUAAAUUCAAGCUCGUUUUAUCA